AUGUUGUCCUUUGUCUCUUGCACAUGUCUAACUUACAUUCAUGUCAAUGAGCAGGAAUACCGCUGGUCAUGUGUACUUACGAUUCGAGAACAGACAGGUGUCUGUUUUUUAGCACAAGAAGAAGAAGAGAAGGGAAGUCAAACCCAGACACAUUCUGCUGCUGUCAGUAUUGAUGACCGCCAAUCAUCAUUCGUCAUCUUCAGCUAA